GCCUCCCCCUUCCGCCGCCAGCCGGAAGUGUCCUGCCACCACGUAGUGAGGUUUCCGGUGGCUCUUGGGGGUAUCUCGGGUCACCAUGGCGGCUUCCUUGCUCGGAAAGAAGAUCGUGUUUGUCACGGGAAACGCCAAGAAGCUGGAAGAGGUCAUUCAGAUUCUAGGAGAUAAGUUUCCAUGCACUUUGGUGGCCCAGAAAAUUGACCUGCCGGAGUACCAGGGAGAGCCAGAUGAAAUUUCCAUACAGAAGUGUCGGGAGGCGGCUCGCCAGGUACAAGGGCCUGUACUGGUGGAGGACACCUGCCUGUGCUUCAACGCCCUUGGGGGGCUCCCUGGCCCCUACAUAAAGUGGUUUCUGGAGAAGUUGAAACCUGAAGGUCUCCACCAGCUCCUGGCUGGGUUCGAGGACAAGUCAGCCUAUGCACUCUGCACGUUCGCGCUCAGCACUGGGGACUCCAGCGAGCCUGUGCGUCUGUUCAAGGGCCGGACCUCGGUACUGCCCUCCCAGUGCAUCUCCUCCAUGCCCCGUGACACCCGUUCCCCCCUUUCCUGUGACAGGGCCAGAUUGUGGCACCCCGAGGCUGCCGGGACUUUGGCUGGGACCCCUGCUUUCAGCCUGAUGGAUACGAACAGACGUACGCGGAGAUGCCCAAGGUGGAGAAGAACGCCAUCUCCCAUCGCUGCCGGGCCCUGCAAGAGCUUCAAGAGUACUUUGGUAGCUUGACUCCUCCUGGGACCAGAGGAGGCCACUCAGGCCAGGGAUCUGGGGAGGGUUAAUCUGAAACCUGUCCCAUCAGGCAGGUCCCCUCAAAGGGUUACUCCUUCCUUGGGGUGUAGAGGCAGCUGUCUGGGGCUGCAGCUGGCUCUGCUUAGAGGUCUUUUAAACGAGCUGACACAUUUCUCUUGCCUGGGGGGCUUCAGCAAUCUUUGCUACAGGCCUGUCCUGGGAUCCUGAAAGGACCUUGGGUGUUAAAACUGGCCUUGGCAGGAUUGAGGUUUGGGAAGUACCAUGCGGACGGUCUUAGAUGUUUUUAAUAUGCAGUAAGUCACUUUUGUUUCCAAAAUAAACUGGAUGUAUCUGCUUUGA